AUGUCGUCAGGAAUUCAAUCGUUGUUAAGAACUGAAAAGGAGGCAGCUGAAAUUGUCAAUGAAGCCAGAAAAUAUAGAACUAACCGUUUAAAGACUGCCAAGGCUGAUGCUCAAUCUGAAAUUGAUGAAUACAAAAAGCAAAAGGAAACCGAAUUACAAGAUUACGAAAAGAAACAUGCUGGUUUGAACGAAUCCAUUGAUAAAGAAGCCGAUGCUCAAGUUGAAAAUGAAUUGAAUGAUAUUAGAGCCAAGUACACUGAAAAGAAAACUUCAGUCGUCACCUUAUUGGUCGAUGCUACUGUGAAGCCAACUCCAGAGUUACAUAUCAACGCUGCAUAA